AUGUCUAAUCAAUAUCUGAGAAACAUCUACGAGGCAUAUGAAAAGGUAGGAGGUGUAAAAGAAGGACCUCGAGGAUGGUGUACAAAAUACAAUGUUCCAAAGUCUACUCUUAACAAGGCUAUUAGAAAAUAUUCAACAAGUCAAGGUGAUGAUAAUAGAAAAAGGGAUUAUGAUGGAAGAUUCGUUCAAGCAGUUAAUAUGUUUGCAGUGACAAGUUCAUGUAAUGAGUUAGUAGGGGGGAAUCUAGCAAAUAGAAAUGGAACAACCAAUAAUAAAAAUGAAAAAAUUGAUAAUAGAUCCGAUAAAAUCAAGGAGGUAGAUCAGAACAAAACUCAACUUAGUGAAAUGAAUGUUCAUCCACCAUCUAAUUCAUUCACAUUAUUUAUAAAGGAGAUGGAAAAAUAA